AUGGCAUUAUCUGUUUGCCAAGUUUUGUUAGUGUUUUUUAGUUUAUAUACCUCUAUUCGCUCAGAAAGGUUAUCAGAACAAAUAUAUUCAUCAAUAGAAGGAGGUGCAGCAUGUUUUCGACGUCUAAAUGGAACACACCAAGCAGGAUGCUCAUCUGCUAUUAAUGGUGCUGUGGGUGUCGUUCAGAUGAUCAGAGAUAUUAGUGAUGCACAAUGGAUUAUACAAAACUCUACAGUGGGACCACACAUGGCUAUAGUUAACACUGCUCUGUUUAACGAUGUCAUUGAGUUGUUUAUGGAACAGCCUUCUCAUGUUGCUGGAGUGCUUUUGUAUGAUGUAAACAGUACUACAUCUUUUACACCAGAAACAAAAUGCCCAAAUGAAUAUUAUUCAGCUGAAGAAAGUACUUGUUCAUCUUCUGGAGCAGGAGUUGUAUGGAAUGCUAAGGGAACUGGCCUCUUGAGACGAGAUAUUCCUUUUCCAAUAUUUUAUUUACCUCAGUCAAGAUUUGAUGAAAUAACCAAAAUUGAACAGUGCUAUGACAGAUUUAAUAUGAAUAAAAACGAUCUAGAUAAUAGACCCCUUUGUGCUUUACAACUGAGUACCUUUAUGUAUGCCGCAGUGAACAGUGAAGUAUGUCUAAGAAGGUCGGCUUCUUCCUCUCUACUGACAGCCGCAAAAGUCUGUGAUCCUUUGGGUGGUCACAAUGUGUACUACUCCCUUUUUCCCAGGACAGAGGAUGAAAAGAAAUCAAAACCAGUAACUUUGGUAACUGCUAGAAUAGACACAGCAUCUUUAUUUGAUGGUGUUUCUCCUGGCGCUGCGAGUUCUGUUGUUGGAAUGGUAACUCUGUUGACAGCAGCUACAACUCUGUCACAGUUGAUCUCUGUUAAAGAUGGACAGUUAUACGAUCAAAAUGUUCUGUGGACCCUGUUCAACGGGGAGAGUUUUGAUUACAUUGGGUCUCAGAGAGUGGCGUACGACAUCAGCAAAGGUAGUUGGCCGGCUGCUGCACCUCUUGCACCGGAAGAUAUUCGUCUCCACGUUGAGCUAGGACAGAUCGGAGGCUCACUGGCGAAUGCAAACAAUGACAGCUCCUGGAAUUUCCAAGCCUUUGUACCUUACAAAGAUAGCAGUGAUAUGCCUGUUGAGGCCAUAGAAUUUAUCAACGAGAUGUCCAAUAACACGAAUAAGUUGAAAAUGAAUGUAUUCCCGGAAUUCACAACAAACUUACCGCCUUCGUCGUUGCAUUCGUUUCGCCGUAUUCUGAAAAAUGUCACAAAGAGUGGAGAAUUGCCAGAGUUGUUGCUUGCAGAUCACAAAUAUGCAUUCAAUAAUAUGUUCUAUAACUCCGCUCUUGAUGAAUUUAAUAAGAUUAAUUUCAAAUACCACAACCUCACUGUGGACAGAAACGGGACAUUUAUACCUACUGACGACCUCUUGGCCAAUGGAACAAUGACGGAGUUCGAACCUCAAGUUAAAAUUGCCCGGCUUGCAACUGCUUUAGCUCGAACUUUGUAUCAAAGAGUUGCUGGAAAACAGUACACAGGCAACGUGUCAGCCUCGGCACAUUUAGUUGAUGAGAUGCUAUACUGCUUCUUACAAAGUCAAGCAUGCCGUCUACUAAUGGCGUCGGACCACAUGUCGAGCAGCGGUUCAGAAGAGAAGCCACCUGAAGAACCAGCACCUUUGUAUGUGGGAGUUUCGACGGGUGUUUCCAUUCCCCCUAUAUUCGCGGGACAUUUGCUAGCACUGCUGACUGGAAUCCAUCACGCGGUAAACCGAAGUAGAUGUGAUGAACUUGACGAACCGGGCUUUGCAUAUUUUUGGCUGAGAGGUUGGAACCACAGCGGAGUGUGUAUCCAGACGACUAUGAAUAUAAGCGAUGCUGUCAGUCCUGCUUUCAUUAUUGAAGACUACGACUUGAGGUCGGGAGAGUACUCGACGUGGACGGAGUCGGUGUGGCUAACGCUGUCGGCGCGCGUGUUCGUGCGCGCUAGCGGCGCGGGAGCGCAGCUGGCCACGAUGGCUGGCGCCGCCACCACGCUGCUGGCCGCCGCGCUCACCUACUGGCUGCAGAGGCACGCUGCACGAGUCUUCGCCGACGCGCCUGCACGCUCUAUCGUCAACGACGACGCCGCUUCUGGCAUAUUGAGGACAGUUAAUUGUUAA